AUGGGUAUUCCAAAAUUUUUCAGAUUCAUCUCAGAGAGAUGGCCAUUAAUUUCUCAAUUAAUAGAUGAGAAUCAGAUACCGGAAUUUGAUAAUUUAUAUCUUGAUAUGAAUUCCAUUUUACAUGCAUGUACUCAUUCUAAUGAUGAUACUUUAACUAGACUUACGGAUGAUCAAAUGUAUAGUGCUAUUUUCAAUUAUAUUGAUCAUUUAUUCCAAAUCAUUAAACCAAAAAAGACAUUUUAUAUGGCUAUUGAUGGGGUUGCCCCACGAGCAAAAAUGAAUCAACAAAGAGCUCGUAGAUUUAGAACUGCUUAUGAAGCGGAAGAAAAUUUGAAAAAGGCUAUUGCAAAUGGUGAAGUUAUACCUAAAGAAGAUCCAUUUGAUUCAAAUUCCAUUACACCAGGUACAGAAUUUAUGAGUAAAUUAACUGUAAAUUUAAAAUAUUUUAUUCAUAAGAAAAUUACUGAAGAUUCUAAUUGGGCAAAUAUUGAUAUUAUUUUAAGUGGUCAUGAAGUUCCUGGUGAAGGGGAACAUAAAAUCAUGGAAUAUAUUAGAGCAAUUAGAUCACAACCAGAAUAUAAUCCAAAUUUAAGACAUUGUAUUUAUGGGUUAGAUGCAGAUUUAAUCAUGUUGAGUUUAGUGACUCAUGAUCCUCAUUUUGCAUUAUUGAGAGAAGAAGUCACUUUUGGACCUUCAAAGAAAAGUCUUGGAGAUAAGGAUUUAAGUGAUCAAAAAUUUUUCCUUUUGCACAUAUCUUUAUUGAGAGAAUAUUUGAGUUUAGAAUUUCAAGAUCUUGAAAACCAAUUGACGUUUGAAUACAAUUUUGAAAGAAUAUUGGAUGAUUUCAUCUUAAUUAUGUACGUUAUUGGUAAUGAUUUCUUACCCAACUUGCCUGAUUUGUUUAUAAAUAAAGGUGCAUUCCCUUUGUUGAUUGCUGUCAUCAAGCAAGCCUUGUUGGACAGUGAUGGUUAUAUCAACGAAAACGGUAAGAUUAAUUUGAAGAGAUUAAAUAUUUACUUCAAAAAAUUAUCCAACUUUGAAUUUGAAAACUUCGAGAAGAAGGAAGUUGAUGUUGAAUGGUUCAACAAGAAAUUAAAUGAUGUUUCGAUCUCUGGUGAAAAGAAACGUCAACAAUUGGGUAAAUUGAUCAUUUUGAAAGAUCAAAAGAAAUUGGUAGGUUCCAUUAAACCAUGGCUCAUGGAAUGGGCUUCACAACCAAUCGAAACUUUGUUAUCUUUGGAAAAUGAAGGGAAAUUGCCAACUUUGAAAUUGAAUAAGGACGAUGUUGAGAAUAAUUUGGAUUUCAUCAAGGAAUUUGCCUUACAAGCUGGAUUCUUGAUUAUUCAUUCUAAAUCUAACGAUACUUAUGAAGCAAAGAUUGAUGUUGAUGGUAUAAUACCAACUGAAUCUGAAGAAGAGCGUAAUGACAGAAUCAAUGAAUUGAGAAAAACCAUCAAGGAAUAUCAAUCAGCUGAGUUGAUUGAAAGUGAAGAAGUGUUGAAUGAAACCAAGAGCGUUUAUUCUCACAAAUUUGAAGAUUGGAAGGAUAAUUAUUACAAGAGUAAAUUGCAUUUCUCAAUCAAAGAAGAUAAAGAAGAGUUGUUGAAAUUAACCACACAUUAUGUUGAAGGUUUACAAUGGGUUUUGUAUUAUUAUUAUCGUGGUGUUCCAUCUUGGAAUUGGUUUUACAAGUACCAUUAUGCACCAAGAAUUUCUGACAUCUCUCUUGGUUUGGAAUAUUUGAUUGAGAAUAAUAUCGAAUUGACAUUUGAAAAAUCUCAUCCUUUCAAACCAUUUGAACAAUUGAUGGCUGUUUUACCAGCAAGAUCAAGAAAGUUAAUGCCAUUGGUGUAUCGUCCAUUGAUGACUGAUGAAAAAUCCCCGAUUAUUAAUUUCUACCCUCAUGAAGUUGAUAUUGAUAUGAAUGGGAAAACAGCAAGUUGGGAAGCUGUUGUGUUGUUGGAUUUCGUUGAUGAAAAGAAAUUGAUUGAUGUGUUGAAACCAAUUGAAGAGAAAUUAACACCCGAUGAAACAGCAAGAAACUCUUAUGGUUCCCCAAUCAAAUUCAUUCACAACCCACAGAUCGAUCAUGUUUACCCAACUUCAUUACCUGGUUUCUUCCCUGACCUUGAACACGACAAAUGUUAUGAAGAGGAUUUUGUUUUACCUGAAAUUAAAGAUUUGAGAAUUGGAUUUAUUGAAGGUGCUAAAACAGGUUUAGAUUUAUUGGCUGGUUUCCCAACAUUGGAUUCUGUUCCAUUUACUUCAGAAUUAGCACUUAAUGAUGUUAAGAUUUUCAACUUCCCUUCAAGAUCAGAAUCCAUGGUUUUGAACAUUGAGAAUGUUUGGGCUGACUUAACUGUGGCUCAGUUUGCGCAACAGUUUAUGAACAAAUUGGUUUACUCCAAAUGGCCAUUCUUGAGAGAAUGUAGAGUUGUUAGAGUCAUGGAUAAUGAAACCAAAUAUGAAUCAUAUAGAACUGAAACUGGUUUAAAGAAAGUUGUUGGUACUGAAUUAUCUAGUGAUGAAAGAAAACAAUUCAGAUCAGAUGUUUCAACUACUAGAGUCACAUUUGAUAAACAAAAGGGUGUUAAAUUAGGUGCUAUUGAUGUUUUGGUUUAUGUUAAACCAGUCAAUGGGUUAAUUAGAAACCAAAGAGGUGCCUAUGUUAAAACAUAUGCUAAGGAAGAAGAAGUGUAUCCUAUCCAAUUGAUUGUCAAAGAAGUUAUUAACAAAGAUGAAAGAUAUGCAUCCAGACCAGCGUUACCAAUUGAUCAAGAAUUCCCACUUGAAUCCCAAGUUGUAUUCUUGGGAGACAUGGCAUAUGGUUCACCAGCCAAAGUUGUUGGAUUCAGUGAUGAUAAAAAGAAAUUGAACAUCAAAAUUUUCAAGAUUCAAUCCACUGCUGAACCAAAUAUUGGUAAGAAGAGAUUGGCCGUUGAAAACAAAGAAAUCAAUUAUUAUCCAUCAUUCGAGGUCAGUAAGACUUUAAGAAUGAGUUCAUAUUUGUUAUCCCGUAUCACCAGUCAAUUCAUGGUUAAAGAUGGAAGACAAAGUAUCAACAUUGGUUUGGAAUUGAAAUUUGAAAGUAAAAGACAAAAGGUUUUGGGUUAUACCAGAAAACUGGCCAAUGGUAAGUUUUGGGAAUUCUCUCCACUUGCUGUCAAUUUGAUCAACAAGUACAAGACAAAAUUCCCUGCAUUGUUUAAGAAUUUAGAAAAUGUUGGUCAAGGUAUUCCAGAUGUUUCGGAAAUUCUGAGUAGCUCUGAAAUCAAGGAAGUCAGAUCAUGGUUAAAAGAAGUCAAAAGUGAGUUGAUUCCGGUUUCAUUGGAGAGUGAAUCUUUUACCAAGUUCAGUUACCAAGCUAUUGAACAAUACAUGGAUAAUUAUAUUUUGAAUCAAGUUCCAACCAUUAACAAGGAUAUUCGUGGUGUUCCAAGAGAAGCCAUCUUAAACGCCGGUGAAUCCUAUCAAUUGUUGAGUGAUCAAAGAUUUGAAUUAGGAGAUAGAGUUAUCUAUGUUCAAGAUUUUGGUAAAGUUCCAAUUUUAAGUAAGGGUACUGUUGCUUCUAUUUUAACUGUUGGUAGCAAAACUUCAUUGGGUGUUAUAUUUGAUGAACCUUUGUUGGGUGGUAACAAUAUGGGUGGUAAAUUAAAUAGCAGUCGUGGGUUGAUCAUUGAUUCUUCAUUGGUUUUGAAUCUUUCCAAAAAGCAAUUUGUUUACCAUUCCCAAGCUUCAAAGAAUAGAAAGAAGAUGACCGAACAAGAAAAGAUUGCUAAAAUUAAAGCCUAUGAAGCUAAAAAAGCCGCUGCCACUGGUCAACAACAACAGCAACAACCAAAGAGACAAUCGCCUCAACCACAAAAGCAAGGUAAACAAUCUGGUCAACAAAAGAAACAAGAAUCCGAUGCUAACCAAGUUGAACCACAUAAACAUCAAAAAGGUUCUAAUGAAUUGUUGUCUUUGUUGAGAAAGAAGCUGGAUACUAAAAAGGGUGAAGAAUCUGAAGAAAAACCUGUUGACAACGAGAAACAACAAAAGCCAGAAGAAGCAGAUGAUGAUGAAAGAGUUGAUCCAAAUGCUAUUAAGCAGAUUUACGGACGCAUUUAUUCAAAUGUUAUGAAUCAAGGUAAUGGAGUUGUGCCAACUGGCGUUCCAAUGCCACCACCACCUCCAGGUGGAGUUCCAAUUCCUUAUGGUAUUCCAGGUCAACCACCAUUCCCACCACAUCCUGGUUUUAUGCCAGUUGUUUCUGGAGCCCCAUUACCACCAAACUUUUACGCUCAACCUUACCCUCCACAACCUUAUCAACAAGUACCACCACAAGCUGUUCAACCAGAACAACCUGUUGCUAAUGAAGAACCUGUUCAAGAGACUGAAAACGCUGCUUCUCAAAAGAAAUCAAAUGGUCGUGGUGGUCACAGAGGUGGCCAAAGAGGUAACUAUAGAGGCAGAGGUAACUCAAGAGGUAACAGAGGUGGUCACAGGGGUGGUAAAUCUCAAUCACCACAAACUGGUUCCAAAGAAAAACAAGAUUCAUAG